AUGUCAAGAAAAUCUCAGACGAUACUUCCAUCAGUUGAAUUACUUUCUUCACUAACCAAGGAACCGUUUAUCGAUACGCAUACACAUUUACAUUAUGUUUUAGAACGUCUUCCUGAUCAUUUAGGUGUUCUCACCUACGAUGACCUGAAGGAACGUUAUUGUCCUCCGAACUUGGAAGCUUGUAUCAAUGUAUUAUGUGAUCCUGCAAGUUUUGUUGCCGAUGUAAUUUUUCCAGGUACAAUCAUGGAUUGGAGAGGCAUGGCAAGAAUACCAUUCAUGUAUCUUGCAGCAGGAGUUCAUCCACAUAAUGCAAAAGAUUAUAAUGAUUAUGUUGAAGAACAGAUGAUCAAAGUUCUUGAAAAUGAAAAAAGUUUGGCGUUGGGAGAAAUAGGGCUCGAUUAUCAUUACGAUAAUUCACCUAAAGAUAUCCAGAGAACGGUAUUCGUUCGUCAGAUCAAAAAAGCCAUAGAGUUGGGAAAACCGCUUGUUAUUCAUACUCGUGAAGCAGAAGAGGAUACAUGGAACAUAAUGACAGAGCACAUACCUAAAGAAUGGAAAAUUCAUGUUCACUGUUUCACAGACACUCCAAAAUUUGCAGAACAAUUACUUGGAUAUUUUCCAAACCUUUUCAUUGGCAUCACAGGAGUUGUAACAUUUGGAUCAGCCAGGAAUACACAACAAGUAGUCAUCUCAACACCUUUAAAUAGACUAUUACUUGAAACUGAUGCACCUUACAUGGUACCUAGUAAACUAAACAGAAACAAAAAAUCGCAUUUAAAAGUUACAGUGUGUCAUUCUGGAAUGAUCCCUUUUGUUGCAGAGAAAAUAUCUCAACUUAAAAAUAUCGAUAUUGAUACUGUGAUGAAAACUAUAAGAGAAAACACAAGAAAUAUGUAUGGUAUAUAA